AUGCCAAAAAAAAGCGCCAUCUGCAACUGCAAUGCGGACGGCAACAUUGGCAGAAGUGGUCCUAGGUACAUGAAAAUCAAGUAUAUGAAUGCUAUGGCAGUCGUAGAACGAUUAGGACCUCCUGAUUAUUUUCUAACAUUUACGGCUAACGGCCAAUGGCCGGAAAUCAAAGCGUCCACCCAUAAUUCUUGUAGAAUGGGUGAACCUCAGGUCGAUUAUGAAGCUAUUUUGACCGUUUUGUUCUGUUUUCAAGACUACUCUGUCCUUAAAAUGAAUACUGAAAAGGAUUAUAAUGCUGUUUCAAGCCUUAUGAGAUUAUUCAGCUGUUUCAAGCCUUAUGAGAGAGGAUUAGAACUCGAUAUGACUAUCAAUACAGUCAAUUUGGAUAAUUUGGAGAGUUUCCUUGGAAUUUUGACCGUUUUCUUCAGUUUUCAAGACUAUUAUGUCUUCAAAAUGAAUACUAAAAAGGAUUAUUCAGCUGUUUCAAGCCUUAUGAGAGAGGAUUAG